AUGAGAUUUUAUGAAAAUGGAAACCUUUACCAAUACCUUGAUUAUGCUAUGGGAACCCUCUGUGGAGAGACAUCGUCGACAUUCUUUGGGGAAUAUCCAGUGGUUGAAAAUGAAGCUGAGUCUAUUGACACGAGAAUUUCUGACGUAGAAGUGGUUGACGGUACGCCCGAAGUUUACAUCAAACUGAUAUCUAGUUUCUGGGACCAUGAUCCUAUGAAUCGUCCAAACGCUUCUGAAUUAUCUGAGGAAAAAAAAUUUGCAGAUCUAGAAAGUAAUUCAUUCACUUGCCCGGAAAUUCAUCCGCAAGCAAUAUGCACCAGUCAACCGUUGAACUUCAAAUUAUCGUUCGAGGCAUUUUAUGCAUGUGUAUUCAAGCGCGCUUCGAACACUCAAACGGUUUCCGUUAUUCAGAGUCACACCGAAAAUCGUUUAAGGAUUUAA